AUGGCCGAGGAACAGAAGCCCGUUGUCGAGCUCCCCAAGGAGGAGACCGCUCCCGCCCCUGCUGUUGAGGCUGCCGAGCCUGCUCCAGCUCUUGCUGUCGAGGACAAGACCGCCGAAGAGACCACCGCUGCCGAGGAGACUGAGGCUAAGACUGAGGACAAGCCUGCCGAGGAGGUGAAGCCUGUUGAAGAGGGACACCUUGGCCACAAGGCGCAGGGUGCCAGCUUUCCCAAAAACCUGAUCCCCAGCAAAGAGUUCUUUUUCUUUGGUUCUGAUGCAUUCGAGCCCACGGCCCUCGCUGCCUACCUGAAGGGCGAGAAGAACACCGAGCACGCUCACCACAACAUUUCCUGGGCUUCCCACACUGGUAACGGUCUUUUGUUCGUUGGUGACAAGAAGGCCCCCACCAGUGUCAUCAACUUGGCUGAUGCCACCGAGCCUGAGAAUGAUGGCACCAACAAGUUCCACUUCACUCACAAGGGCAACAAGCACAGCUUCAAGGCUGCCACUACCGCCGAACGUGAUGGCUGGGUUGCUCAGCUGAAGACCAAGAUUGCCGAGGCCAAGGAGCUCGCUGCUUCCGUGACCGAGUCCGAGGCCUACAAGAAUGCUCUCGAGUCCUUCAAGCCUAAGCCUGUUGUCAAGGAGGAGAAGCCCGUUGAGGAAGCCAAGCCUGAAGAAGCUACCAAGACCGAGGAGACGCCUGCCGCCGAGGGUGAGGCCGCGGCUGCUGCCACUGAGGACAAGCCAGUCGAAGAGCCCAAGCGCCGCUCUGCCAGCCGCAAGCGUGCUUCCAUCUUCGGCUUCGGAAAGAAGGAGUCUACCAAGGAGAAGAAGGAGGAGGCCAAGACCGAGGAGACAGUUGCCCCUGAGGUCGUUGAGCCCGCAGCUGAGGCUGAAGCCCCCAAGGCCGAGGAGGAGACUCCCGCCGUUGAGAGUGAGGCCGCCGCUGCCGCUGAAGACAAGCCUAGUGAAGAGGAGAAGCCCGCUGAGAGCCCCAAGGAGAAGCCCGCUGCCUCCAAGCGCAACAGCUUCUUCGGCGGCGUCUUUGGCAAGAAGGAGAAGAAGGUCACCGAAGCUAAGCCUGCUGAGGAGGCUGACAAGGAAGAGGGUGAGACCACUACCGACGCCGCUGCGCCUGUGAUCCCCCCGGUUGAGUCGACUACUCCUCUUGCCGAUGAGGUGAACGCUGCCGCCGACAAUGCAGAGGCCACUGCUACCAACGGUGCCGAGACUGCUAAGAAGGAUGUCAAGGAGAAGCGCAAGUCUUCUCUCCCUUUCAACUUUGGCAAGCGUGAGAAGUCUCCUGCUCCUGCUGAGGGCGAGGAGAAGGUUGAGAAGAGUGUCCAGAGCCGUUUCUCCAAGCUCCGUGCUACCAUCAAGGGCAAGUCCGGCGCCAAGGCUGAGAAGCCAGCUGAGGAUGCUGUCAAGGAAGAGGCCACCGCCGCUGACGCUGCCGCCACCGAGGAGCCGGUCACCGCGGUUGAGGAGCCCGUCAAGGCUGCCGAGACCGAAGCUGAGAACAAGCCCGAGAACGUUGCCUCUGCCACUCCCGCCGUUACUGCUGCCGCCUAG